AUGCUAGCUAGUAGUCUAGUGGACACUGAAGAGAAGAGAAUGAAGAGGUUCAGAGAUGGUCUUGAUGAAGGACUGCAAAAGCUAGUUACUGCUAGCAGGUGCACCACAUUUACUGAGAUGGUGAAUCAUGCCAAAGAGCUAAAGGGCAUUAAGAACAAAGUAGCUAAUCAGAAAGAUUUCAGUAAAAGGACGUUUGAGCAGGGUGGUUCCUCUAGGAAGAAAGGGAGAUUUGGUGCUGCUACUUAUCCUCAGAGGGCUGGUAGUUUCAGAUCACAUGGACCAUCUAGGAGGCAUACUGUCAGGCCUACACAUUCCCAUGCUAGUUCACCCACUGUGAACCAGAGUAGGCAGCACCGUGAGAGUGCCCACAGGCCGAGCGUGCUAUUGCUCCAGUUCAAUCGGAUGGAUCAGUUGGAUUAUGAUGUGUUAGUGUCUAGCCCUGUUGGACAGGAAGUAGUGGUUAAUCAGCAUGUGACAUUUAGGGCACAUGAGUUUACUCAUGUGGUAGUUCAUAGAGUGAGAUAUACCUUGCCAUCUAAUGUUAUUUUAAUAGCUCGAGUGAUAAGGAUGUUGAAAAGUGGAUGUGUUGCAUAUUUAGCUCAUGUGGUAAACACACGUGUGGAGAGUCCCAGUUUAAAGGACAUUCCCACUGUGUGUGAUUUUGAGAAUGUGUUUUUAGAGGAUUUGCCAAGUUUGCCACCCACUAGGGAAGUUGAGUUUGGAAUUGAGGUUCUUUUGGGGACUAAUCCUAUUUCUAUCACCCCAUAUCAGAUGGCACUAGCUGAGUUGAAGGAACUAAAGAUGCAAUUGCAAGAGUUAUUAGAUAAGGGGUUCAUUCGACCUAAUAGUUUACCAUGGGGUGCUCUGGUAUUGUUUGUGAAGAAGAAAAAUGGUAGCCUCAGGCUGUGGGCAAAGGUGUUCUCCAAGAUAGACUUGAGGUCGAGCUAUUAUCAGUUAAGAGUUAAAGAGCAGGAUAUUGCUAAAACUGCUUUCAAGAGUUGGUAUGGGUACUAUGAGUUCUUGGUGAUGCCCUUCAGGUUAACUAAUGCCCUGUCUGAAGAGGAGCAUGAUAGGCAUUUGCGGAUUAUGUCACAAACUUUGAGGGAAAAGGAACUCUAUGCCAAAUUUUCAAAGUGUGAGUUUUGGCUUAAGGAGGUAGCCUUUCUGGGACACAUAGUUUCAGCAGAGGGAAUCAAAGUUGAUCCUGGGAAGGUGAAAGCAAUCAUAGAGUGGAAGUCACCUAAAAAUGUGACUGUGAUAUGGAGUUUUCUUAGGUUAGCUGGGUACUAUAGACGUUUUGUGAAGGGGUUCUCGAUUAUUGCAACACCUCUCACUAAGCUACUUAGGAAGGAUGCUAAGUUUGUUUAG